AUGUGCGUCUCUCAUCCCACAGCUUCCGAUUCAGACGGGAGAAGGUUAGAGGAGCUGAAAUCGGGAAUAUUCGCCUGGAAGAGACCUUUUUCGCCGCAUGUGGAGGACGACACGACGGAACUCGUAGCCGCCACGAUGGUCGACGCGGCACACUACCUGGACGUGGCCCUUGGUGCAAGUAGGCGCCUCCACGAGUCAGCAACCACCACCACGACUCCCGGCCACCUCUUCUUCACUCUAAACGUCUACCGAAAUCAUUCGAGUGGAACGGUCACCACCCCCAAUAAAAUGGAGCACUGUCGGCUUAACUUGAUUGAAUUGAUGCUCUCUUCGGAAAGUGGUGGUCAUUGCAGCGAAGACCCAGCAUCUAAAAACACCUCCACCGUCAACUUCAUCCUGAACCUCGUUUCUGGAAGAGUCUCGCCUCCCUUCGGAACGAGGGAGCCGGUUCUUCACCACCUCCUACGGGAUUGCCUCCUAGCCGAUGAUCUUGCCAAACUCUCGCUUGUACUCCACACUUCUGUCCAUCCCAGCUUCUACGCCAUCAAUUUAGAGCUGCUGCAGCUGACUUCAAAAAUCCAGCAUGUCUGGAAACAUCGUUCGAAUUUGAAGCUUCUUCGCUCCCCUUCUCAACGUCGACAGGCCUCAAUCAGCGAUCGCGUCACCACCUCCACAACUUCGCAAAACACCAAUCUCAGUAGCAUUCGCCUCAGGCGUCUUGGAAAGCGGAUGCAAAGACGACGUCUGGGUCGGAAUGCCGGUGCUUUUGCUCAAGGCUCUGACGAUGUGCUCGACUCGGCUUCGGACCUCGAGUACACGUCAAGCAGUGAGCAAUCCUGUACCACUGUCAUAUACUUGGGCCGCUCGCAUCCGCUCAGAAAGUUGCAUGCCUCAGAUCGGUCCAAACGAUUGACAAAUGUCGAAAAGAAGGAGACGACACAAAAAACCGAAGAGAAGAGCGACCCAGUGCAAGUCAGAUCUCCAGUGCUCUCUCAUCAUCGGCGUUUCAAGAGUCGAAGCGGUCACAAAGCCCACGCUGGGACCAUCACAAACGAGCUCUGGGUGGAUGGGCCAAAGGCCACGCCUGACGUCGCUAUGAGUCCACAUCUCGUGGAGAAAUCGGCUCACUUUGGCACUCCAUCAAGAAGAAGAAGAAGCGGAUCAAUUUCGGAAAGAGAUCAGUCUUCGGGAGGUUGCACUCAAGGUACAGUAGAAAAAGGAGUACCCGAUGGAAAAGCCUUCAACGCUCACGAAAGCCUGGAGCGCAAGCUCGAAUCCCGUAUGCGAAGGUUGAAUUGGUCAAAUGAUUCCUCCAGUAACUCAAAAAUUGUCAAACAGUUGGAGGCACUCCUCACUCCCAGAACCGAUCGCAAAAUCCGACGAGGGGACUCCUAUCUUGAGGCAAGACAGCAAAAGCAAAAUGAUCAGAUGCAGCAAACCUCCACCGAAGUUCUCGUUGUGACGAACUGGAAGUACGACUCUUUUCCGGCUGGAGGCAGCGGCGCAAUGCGCAGUGUAAAGCCCUUCGUGAAAGAGUGGGUCGAACGCCAGAAUCAGGCCAUUGUUGGGUACUUCGCUGGCCAGCCCACAUCGCCGAAGCAUGGACGCAAGCAGGUCCACGCAAGUGGAAAGACGGACGCUCACUGCCACGUGGCUAUUAAAACCGCUGAAACACCGCAAAUUUUCCGAAAGUACAGAAGUCACGAGGGAAAAAAGCAGGUGGAUAUGGAUGAUUCCAUGAUUACACCGAAUGAUUCUGUAUCCCAUUCCCACAGUCUGCCACGGCACGUGACAACGGAGAUACUGUGGACCACCCAAAAUCAUCAGGUCAAUCCGGCAGUUGACAAUUUGAGCCGUGUGGCACGUUGGGUCGAAUCGGUUUCAACCUCCGAACACACCCCUCCAGCCCUCUCCAAGGGCUGCUCCAAACAUCCUCUUCAGUGUUCCCCACUUUGUAAAAGCUGUAGCAAGGGUGUCACCUACUCCUCUGCACCAAAGUCACCUGAAAUCACCGGUCGAGGUAGUUCCGCUCCUGCUGCGCGAUUCAGAGCCCACCACGGGACUAUGGUGUAUCAAGCGAUUGAGGAGAAUCAGCCCCAGUCAAUCACCAAUCCACCCUCAGAUUCACGAAAACCCGACGGAGCGUCGGACCCGGGACUACACAGAGAUCGGUCUUUUGGCUCUGUAAGUGGUCUGGACACAAUAACAGAGGGCUUAAAAGCCUCUCCACUACGCAAACCAGUGCUCAAGCGUUUCGCAGAUCUUUUCGUCUGCUCACCCGGUACUAACCGGCGCCGUCAGCAACAGCAAUCGGCGUCGGUGAGCAAGAUGUGUACACUUUUUUUCGGAGGUGUAGGGUCCAGUGGUGGAAGUGAGAGGGAAUUGGCCGCAGAAGGAGACCUCUUAUCCAUCGAUUCAGCGGGAAUGCUCUUUACAUCACAGAGCAAAGGAAGAGGAGGCGAGGAGAGUUCAUUUCUUGAAUCAGAACAGACCGGUCGGAUAGCAAGUGGUGGAAGCCAGCAGGGAACUGAAAAGCACUAUGAAGAAGGCCAGCAGAGCCGCCUUCGAAUCAAGGAGGCUGGAACUAAACGUCGACUCGGUUUUCUCCAAAGUCCGCUCUUUAGUAAAUGCAGUCCCAACCGUACCGUUCUCUCUGAGGCUCUCUCUUCCUCUACUCCGCAAACUGCCCCUGUCCCUGCGCUUCAACGUUUUUAUCCCAGUCGACAGCAACAGCAACAAGAUAGCAUGGCCUUCCACUGUCAGGUAGUUCUUGAAAAUUCGCCACACACCCACUGCCAUCAUAAAUGUGUCUCCCAGAGCUCCAGCAGUGGCCUUGGAAGUGAACACAGCGAGCAGCAAUCCCUGAGAUGUCACUGUUUGGCGGCGCAGAGUGCAGGCCGAAUACGUAGGUGCCGGGUGCGCACCCACCGAACUCGGACCGGGGUGCCUGCCUCCCCAGAGGGGGGGAAUGAAGGAGGAGCACUGACGGCACUUAAGUACACAUGUGCUAGUGGAGGUGGACAUGCGAGCAGUGGCUAUGAAAGUGUUCUUCGCGACGAUAGCGAACUCUCCUCUCAGUCGUCUAGCGGUGGAUCCUAUCCGUGGCCAUCUGUGGGGGCCAAGGAAGCGGCCUGUCAGACAAUGCCAUGCGAUUUAGUUGCGAGCUUGGUGGCUGUGUCACAGACCACACCAAUGACUCCUGAGGUGCUUACUACCUCUUUCACAGACACGGCUACUGUGUCUGCAAAUGGUGACACUAUGCUGGCGUCUAUAACUUCAAGGAAAUGGGACAAAUUUUGA